CACAUUCCACAGCUGGAGAGGUGUGGGAAAUAGUGCAGUCCGGAGGCUAGUUCCUUAAUUCUGAUUGGGCAGAGUCUUUGAAACCAGCCAGCUUCCCUUCAGUGAUUGGCAGUUUUCAUGGAGGGGGAGCCAGCAUCUGAAGCGGGUGGGGAAGAAAGGCUGCUGGUGUCAGUCUGAGUCUCGACUCUGAGCAGCUGUGGGGAGGGUCUCCAGCUGAUAGAGGAAACUCACUACCUAUUAAACACACACAUUCUAAUGCAGAUCAGUUGUGUGCAAACAAUACGGGUAUUGCAGCUCUGAGCACUGGAGAAAGGAGAGUAGGGCUUGUUCUAGAAAUUUGUCUCUCAACUUAAAUUGAUAUAGCUAUAGCGUUUGAGAGAGUAUUAAGUACAAAGAGAGUGAGGAGAAGGAGAGCUUUGGUCAUAUGGAAUAAGGCUGCUGUGUGUGAGCAGAGUACCAAUAGUGAAGUGUGCCCAAAUACACAUACCCUAUCUCCCUUGGCUUUAUUGUGGUUCUAAUUGACCAUGGAAGUAUUGGAAAAUGGGGAGCAGAACCUGUUGCACUGGGAUCGAAAGCUGAGUGAGCUGUCAGAACUGGUGGACUCCGAUUCCCUGCUAAACAAUACGCACUUCACGGAGCUCCUGGAUGAGUUUUCACAGGAUGUCCUGGGCCAGCUCUUGAAUGACCCCUUCAUGUCUGAGAAAAAUGAGAUGAUGGAAGUGGAGCUGUCCCCAGUAUCCCCAGCUCCCCUCAUCCAGGCAGAACACAGCUACUCUCUGUGCGGCGACUCUCGCCCCCAGUCUCCACUGACCCACGUUUCGACUGAUGACAGCUUCAAUGAAGCUGACCUGGAAAAUGAGGAAUGGUGUCUGGGUGCGGAAUUGACUUCAGCAACAAUAAAAACUGAACCCGUGCUGUGUGAGGUGCCAGGCCUUACCCCCUCUGUCAGUCUCACCAUCACACCUGUACCCCUGGAAGGUGAAGAACCCCAGCUGCAAUCUGAUGCCAUGAUGAAACCAUUGGGCCAGAAGGUUCUUCCAGAGAUUAAAUUGGAGCCACAUGAAGUAGAUCAGUUCCUGAACCUGUCUUCUAAGGAAGCAAUGGAUCCCCUGCACCUGCCUCCAACCCCUCCCAGCAGCCAUGGCAGUGACUCUGAGGGAGGGCAAAGCCCAACCAGGUUCCUCCCGCCUUCAAGCCCUGUCCAACUACAAGCCACAGCUAAAGUGACAUCACGCAUGGCUUCAGCACUCUCCAAUUCGCCUCUCCUGACAGCACCACAUAAGCUGCAGGGGACUGGUCCACUGAUCUUGACGGAGGAAGAGAAGAGGACGUUGAUAGCUGAGGGGUACCCUAUUCCUACAAAACUGCCCCUGACAAAGGCAGAGGAAAAAGCACUGAAGAAAAUCCGCAGGAAAAUAAAGAACAAGAUCUCUGCCCAGGAAAGUAGGAGAAAGAAGAAAGAAUACAUGGACAGCCUGGAAAAAAAGGUUGAGUCCUGUUCAAAUGAAAAUAGUGAGCUGCGUAAGAAAGUGGAAGUCCUGGAGAACACAAACAGAACUCUUCUGCAGCAGUUACAGAGACUCCAAGCCAUGGUUGCUGGCAAAGUGUCCCGUUCCUGUAAAGCAGCCAGCACGCAGACAGGGACUUGUCUCAUGGUGGUGGUGCUGUGCUUCGCAGGCAUUUUCGGCAGCUUCUCUCAGAGUUACGGGCCCUAUCCUUCUGCCACAAAGAUGGUGCUGCCCAGCCAGCAUUCCACACCAGAGUCCUACACGGCCUCCAUCGUACGGUCAAGAAGCCUGCUAAUUUACGAAGAGCCUCGCCCACUGGAGGAGCAGUACACUUCAAUCUCCUUUGCAGAUCGCGGUGAUGCCUGGGAUAGGCGCAUGGAUGCCUCCACACACACAGCACUACCUCUGGAAUCUGUGCCGGGGGUACAGCAGGACAAAGUGUCCCACUUCACAAUAACCAACGAGACAAGGCUAGAGAAAUCAGUGUUGCUGGGGCUGCAGCCACACAGGGUCAGCUCAGAGUUGGAAGUGAAUGAAACACUGAAAAUAAUUGAAAUUGAUAGACGAGUCAAUGCUACUUCUUAAAAAAGAGGCCUUUCCUCCCCCUCAUUAUCCUGCCUUCUUUCCAACCCAAGCCCCACCCCUUCCCCCAGACUCAUCACCAUCAGGGAACUAAAGGGCAAAAGAGAGAGAGUCUGCCAACUUCUGAUUUGGCUGAAGAGGCUGUGACUUUAGUCAGCAGCAGUUGUCCUCAUGCUGUCCCUUCCUCCAGGCGCACAAACCUGCUUCUGCUUUUACUGCUGUCCCUGACUGGUAGUACAAAGGAGGGUUUGAAACCUAAAGGCAGCUGGUGCCAGCGGUGUACAGCUGGUUGGUUUGUGUGUGUACCCUAAUCAAAUGUAACUCACGGGGGAACAUUUGUGGUAGGUCACGUGGGAGAAGGAAACUAAAAGAUACAGUGUGACACUGCUCAGGAUUUGGCCACAGCUCCAUGCCCAUCACUCUGGCACACUGGAGCUUUAUGCGGGGAGAAAUGUGUUCACGGUUCCCAUCCCGCCCACUGAGGGCAGAGAACAGACACUAGUCCUAUUGAGCCAACGGCACAGACAGGAGAGUCUGUUCAAUGGCAGUAUUGAUAUAUUUUUUUUUCUUCUUCCUGCUCUCUCUCUCUCUCUCUUUUUCCUUUUCCUGCCCCUUUAUCACGUGGUGGGUGAAGUUUCCCUAUUGUUGCCAUCCUUAUGAAGGAUCCAGGCAAAGUUCAGUCAGCCCCUGUGUCUUCUCAGGCCUUGUCUACAAUUGCACCAAUUUAACUAAAUUGGUUUAGAAACUGAUUGAGUUUAAUCUGUGUGACUCCCUUGUGUGGAAAUUUUUAAAUAAGAUUAUGACUAGUAUAUUGUAUCCAUUUAUCUUAAGUUGAUUCCUUACUGGCAUAAACUAAAUCAAUACUAGGCUCUCUUAAACCAAAAUAAGAGCGUCCACAUUAGGAGAUUGCAUGGAUUUAAUUAAAUUAGUUUCUAAAUCCAUUUAGAUACAUCAGUGCAGUUUUCUGAGGUAGACAAGGCCUCAGAUUGCUCUGGGUUGUUGUUCUUCCCCCCCAGCCUCCUGUUACUGUUGUAAAUAGUAUUUAUUAGCUUUCCAAAAUUUCCCUCUGGCAGCCAGACUAGAGAGCCAAGCUCCCAAGACCAUGCAGCUGUUCUUGGUGAACUUUGAAAUCAAGAUGGAAAAAAUAUUCUUUUUUUAAAUAAAACUUAGUUCCCUACAAUGAUUUUUAGAAUGUAAUCAGGCUCCCCUUCCUCCUCCCUUUUCCUAAAAAUACAUGGAAUUUAAAGCAACCACUUAGGAAAAAAAAUGUGUUUUGUAUUCCCAAUUAGACGCAGUUCAGGUCACAGUGCUGAUGGUCUCCCUCUCUAGUUAUUAGUUAUUAUUACAAAACUACCUAGAAGACCAAACCAAGGUCAGGUCCCCAUUGUGCGAGGCACUGUACACGCACAUGGUGAGAGACUGUCCCUGUCCUUAAGCCCCUAUCCUAGAUAGACAAGAGCGAAAAAGGAUGGGAGGGGGAAUAGAUACACGGAGAGGGGAAAUGCCUUGCCCAAGGCCACAUAGCUGGUCAUCGGUAGAGCCAGGAAUAGAAUCCAGGUCUCCCACCUCUUAGUGCAGUACCCUAUCCACUAGACCAUAGUGCUUCUAAAGCACCAUGCUGAUGCAUCUAAUGCACGCUGCCUCCAGUGCGGUGAUUCUCCCUCUCUCAGUACCCAGAUUGUGCCAAUGGCAGGGCUGCCCUUUCUACUCACAACCGUCCUUUCCGUGAUCCAGCCAGCCCACCAGUGAUUGCUUCCGGAUUUUAUUUGGUUAUUUCAAAGGGGUGCUCAGAGUUCCCAGUGAUGGCUUUAGCCGAAAAACCUAAAUAGGACAGAAUAGUAUGGCUACUUUUGCAAUUUACCAGGAAAACUCAAUUAAAAAAAUACGAAAACUUAAAAAACAAACAAACAAAAAAAAAAACACACACAAAACCAACCCUCUCCUUUUUCACAUAAAUAAGGAGACUAGCGUAGCCUUGUGUUUUAUACCAUGUACAGUAACUCUUUCCUCCAGGUAUUCUAUUUUGUAAAAUAUUUUUAAAGAAAAAUUGUAUUUUGUUUUUGUAUUUUAGUAUAGCCUCUGCAAUGCUUCAUCCUUUCUUGUUUAGAUUUUUCCUUUUUUUUAGUCUCCCUUCCUUUGUUCGCUAUCCCAUCUGUUCACUAUGGGCCUGAUCCAAAACCCAGUGAAGCUAAUGGAAAGAAUCCAUUUGGCUUGAGUAGGCUCCGGAUCAGUCCCCACUGUACCAUGAUCAGAAACAACAUUCAAAUUGUCAAGAGUGGGACAUGUGCCGCAGUUCCACUAGCAGAUAAUAGAAUUUGGUGUGUAUAUCACUUUCUAGGUCAAACCCCAUUUGUCUGUCCCAGGUGCCUUUUAAAAAAAAAAAAAAUAAUAAUUGGUGGCAAUGAGAGAGAAAUGCCAUUGUGAGCAUAGUCAGUCGAUCCUUUGUCAGUGUGGGUCAGUACCACCCCUAAGGCGGCAAAUACCCUCUUAUUAAGGGUCAGCCCCAACAGCCAUGAUAAUUCUCUCAGGCUCUCUGGAUUGCGCUAGUGCACGCAGACAACUGUCACACAGCUCUCUCUUUGGGAGCCCACAUUAUAACUGCACGAUGGAAAGAGGAAGGAGAAGGUGGGUGUGAGCUGGGGAGUGUUUGAACUGAGACACAAGUGGUGUCUGCAUUAUUUUAACCACCUGAGGUCAGCAAAGGGAAGGGGAAAAUGUAUGACCCAAUAGACUUACUAUUUGGCUAUCGCAGGGCAUCCAAAUGCAACCAGGUAGGCAUGAGUCAGGGAUGAGCAAAUUCACGAAGGACCUGGUUUAUAGAGCAUCCCCAGGUCCCCUUGACUUUGAGGGAGACUGUGGGGGCUCAGCGUUCCUGCAAAACAGGCCCAAAAUUUCUGUGUCUUGGGGAUUAUUUAUAUAGCUGUGUAUGGAAUAGGUGGAGGCUGAUCUGUCUAAUCUCUCUUGUGCCCAUUACCCUACUUAAUGCACGAGUGUAUUCGCUCCCAGUAAAGAGACACUAUUAACGGUACUAAUUUUUUUUUUUUAAUUUGAAUUCUGUCCCUGUGUUCCUUAUCAUAAUUUACACUAUUAAAAUGGAGAAUUUCCCUAAAUCAUUGCUAAUCACCAUUAAAGCCGUUUGCUUUUUGCAAUUCACUCAGCUAGGAUACACCACACCAUUAUGGGGGUUUUACAUCUUCAUUGAUAAGGGCUGCUGUCUGUGUCAGGCUACUGGACUAGAUGGUCUGAUCUAUGUAUGGAUGAUAUGGAGUACUGCAAUUCCUGUGUUCCUAUGACCACAAAAAUAGCCUCUCUCUGUAGCCCCAAUAUGUUUGAUGCUUAAAAUGAAUUUUAGCUGUUUUUUGUGGAUCUCCUAAACUAGCACAAUGUUUGGGUUGAAGUCACUGCUGGGGAAUAUUAUUCCUUUAAAAUCAACUAUUUCUAUUGAACCUGAGAGUGUCCAUCUAAUGCUAAUGAAAUGGGUUUCUUCUGUAAGUCCUUUUUCUAGCAAUCAGUCACUUGUUCACUCUGGGGUGAAAUUCGCUCCUGGACACAGAGUCAGCACAAGUCAUGCACCACUUAAGUCCCAAGAAACCACUGAAGUCCCACUUUAGCAGUCCCGGGCCUAGGGGCUUAUGCAGUAUAUAGCCUUUGUGCUGGUCCUCUGCACAGGCAUGAACUCCACCCUGAAAGCUGCCGACAUGGAACUCCAUUGCCUAACCAAUGGUUUAGCACACCAGUAAAACCUUGCUUGUCCCCUAUUACCUUCAGACAUUCCCCGAGCUGUCAGUCUUUGAGUCUAGGAAGUUAAGCUAUGAAGGAAAGUAGGGCAUUAUUUUUUUUAAUAUAAAUAUAUAUAUUUAUGGAAAUCAGGCCCAGGCCGUGUAACUGUUCUAAUCUUGUUAGCAUGGGGGGUGGGUGGGAGGAGGAAGAGAGAGGUUGGUAUGCUAUUUAUAGUUCUAUGUUAGUUUCAUGUGUGUUCACUAUUUGUACUGUGCAGACUAAUAUUUUCAUACACCAAGGUUCAUAGGCCACAUCUCAGCUGGCAGAGUUUCCAUUUACACAAUUUACAUGGAGUAGCUCUGAUUUAUACCAUCUGAGGAGCUGGCUCCUGUCACUGGGCUGGGCUUCUUCCCAGCUCCAAAGUAUGCGCUGCCAUGCCCAGUCUCUUUCAAGGAGGUUUAUUUUCUUAAUAAACCCAGGUAAACAAACAGAAAAAAGAGGCUUAACUCAGGCCUGGCUUUCAGGUUCCAGCUCCACCCCUCUCAGGGAUUUCUGGCAGGUUCCCAGUUCUGGCCAGUUCUGCUCCCUCUUGGGGAAAGCAGCCUCAGGGCUGUCUCCAUCAGCUGCUGGCCCCCUUGCUCCAGGGGCCCCACCACAGGAGUUUGCUCCACUCUGGUGUGAUUUUUACCUCUUCCAGGGCACAGCCUGUCUCAAUCAAUUUGUCCUCCAGCUGCCCAGUUAGCAGCCCUUUAUAGACCCAGGUGUAGCUCAGCCCUCUUUAAUUGGCUGGAUUGGACUCAUUGGCUCUGGUCCAGUGGUGCAGGGCUCAGUCUAUCCAUAGGGACCAGCUAUCCUGUGACACCCCAUAGCUUUAUCUGCAUCAAAAUAUAUUUUUAGACUAAAAUUUAACUCUGUCUGCCCUUUUCUCCCCCCCCCCCCCUUUUUUUUUUUUUUUUGGUAACUCCUGUAAAAACUGACUUUCAGCAGUGGACAUUGUCUAGACACAGUUACAGUGUAGGUCAAAUAAAUGAGUAAUAUUAAUUGCCCCAUCAAGAGGGAUUUCCACAGAGUAUUUGGGCUCUAGAUUCUAGCUAGUGCCAACAGGCCGUUGUACAAAACCCCCACGCAUAAGGACAGAAAUAUAGUUAGUAUUUUUAUACUCUGACUAAAAUAUUUCAUUCUCAAAGCACUAAUUAAAAAGGGAAUGUUUUGCCUUUUGAAGGUGAAACAGUAGGUCAUUGUUUUGGUGAUUGGGAAUAAAGCAGUAUAUUUUAGCGGUGCUUUGUUUAACUACUCUAUUCCUCCCAUAACUAUUCAGCUUUGCACUGUAGCUGCACUUACUAUUUAUUAGUGUUAAGGACAAAUGACUGUUGGGAGUGUGGGGAUAAACUGGCCACACAGAAGUGCAUUAUAUACAUCAAGAAAUGUGUACGGGUUCUGUCAGUGCAUGCUCAAUAAUCUUAAAACCCAGCAGAUGCACCAUGGACAUUCAGUCUUACAUUGUGGGUGAGAUCCAGGUUAACUGCCUUGCCUCAGUGAUAAAUUGUAUUCAGAGGGACCCUAGAUGUGAGACAGGAAUUUGUUUUUCCAUAUACAUAUCACAUAUCUGCUUUUCUUUAUAAAAGCACAGAUGUGGUUUUGCCACCUAUUUUCUAAGCCUGUGUUGCUUUGGGUCUUGCAAGAAACUCUCAUGAGACGGAAAUGGGCCUGUGUUUUGGUUUAGUUACUGCCACCAGUCUCUGCUCUGACCUACAGUCGACUUCCAACCCAUCCCUCAAAGAGUAAAAUGUGGAGAUAUGGAGUAAGGGAAAGCUGGAUUUCCAAAAUUGCCUCAAAGGGGGUGGAAUAGUUCUGAGAUGGAGGGACUCCAGCAGCAAAGAGAAAAUUUCUUCAAGCUAAGAGGGAAAAUCUUUAUUUGGAUAGAUCGACUCCCCACUCCUCCCCAAAUCUUACCUUCUCUCCUUCCUUACCUUUUUUAAUUAAAUAGCCCUGUGCAUGAAGAAUAAUAUGGGAGACCUUUUCAGUGGAUUCCACUUUCUCAUGCAACAUGGGUAAAAUAAAUGUGAUCUUAUUGUUCAUAUAAUGGGGUGAGUAAGGACAGAAAAGAGGAGCACAAUGAGACUUCUGUUUUAAAAUGUGUUCAUAUCUGACCAUAGCUGAUUCUGGUACAGUGAUGCUGAAGUAAUGGAAUCCCAUCUUCUAGAUUGAUAUAGUUAACAAUACUCUGUGUGUGUGUGUGUGUGUAUUGGGUGAUUUUUAAAGACACAUGCUGGAGUUUUCUUAAAAUAAGAAUCCACUCUAAAUAAAGGCUUUUAUUCAUCUAUACAUAAUUUAUGCAUUUAUCUGAACAGCUGGCACACAUUCCACUUGGUUCAAUAGAAAGUUCUAUCUGAACCCCAGUGCAAAUGGGAUUAGCAGUGGUAUUCGCGAUCUGAAAGCUGUCCUGUCACCUUCUGUAAGUGUUAUCUUGUACUCUGUAUGAAGAUGUAGGUCAGUAGAGCCUGGAUUGAACACCAACCCUGCUGUAGACAGCUCUGGAUAAGUACAGGGAAAUGUACCUGGUUUUACCCUAAUUAGCCUUUGGGUGUCACUUUUGUUUCAUGGAAUUACAGCUUCAGACACUUUUUUUAGGGCUGUAAAUUAGAAGGCCAUAAGAUGGGAAGUCUGGGAGUGACAGUUCAAGGAAUACAAUUUAGUCUUCUUGUACAAGAGCUAAAGGAUCCUCCUUUCCCAUUAACACACCCUCUUAACCAUGUUAGGCUCAAUAAAAAAUGAAUGCAAAGAAUUUUCUUGGGCAUAUAAAGGGCUGUGCAGCGAUUGAAAUUAUAUCAAAUUCAAAUUGCAGAUAUAUUCCAGUCCCCCUGAGAGUUCCAGAGGACAAAUCAUCUGGAGUCCUCUCCUCUAAAAUGAAAUACUUCCCUGUGGAGGGUCAGAUAUGAUGUUUCAGGCCAUCCAAACCAAUGUUACCCUGCAGAGUACAUCCCUAUAUCAUUUCAAUUAUUCUCUCUGUAUGUGUGCAAAUACAGAUAACAUACAUGUUUGGUUUGCCCAUAUCCAUAUUAAACAAAACUAUCCAUUGUGAAAAAGAUGGCAGUUAUUUGGGACU